AUGAGAGCCGUGUCGUUCAAGCGCGUGCUCGUGAUCCUGGGCUGCGGGGGGCUCUGCCUCUACCUGAGCAUGGUUCUGAUGAACAGUGGAUAUGUGCUCAGAGGGGGGGCUGACAAAGAGCAGGACCCGUCUCGUACCAUCAGGAGCUUCUCCGACCUAGAGGCAAGCAUCGUCGGUCUGUCUAAAGUCCUUAAAAGCUUUGAGCAAAAGCAGGAUGCCAUGCAGAAAUUACUGCAGGAGGACAGGGACACCCAGAGAAAAAUUGCAGAGGUCCUGAAGGACGCGGUCCAUUCAGGUCAUUCGGCGCCAGAGCAGAAAGAGAAACUUGACGAAAAAACAUCACUUAAAAAUAAAAAAAACAGCAAAGUGUUCCCCAACUCUCCCAUUUUCAAGGAGUGGGGUGACAAUCUGUCUGAGGAUGAGCAACGAGAGGCCCAAGCUCUGUUUGAGAAGUACGGCUACAAUGUUUUUCUCAGCGACCGCCUCCCUCUGGACCGACCGCUUCCAGAAACGAGAGAUCCAAGGUGCUUAAAGAAGACUUACCCAAAGGACCUGCCAACUGUGGGUGUGGUGCUAAUCUACCUGGAUGAAGCCUUGUCUAUCCUCAAACGAGCCCUACGCAGCAUCAUCGAUCGCACACCUAAAAACCUGCUGAAGGAGAUCGUCAUGGUGGAUGACAACAGCUCUAAUGAAAACCUGAAGGGUGACCUAGACUUGUAUAUAAAGUCCCUCGAGGAUGAGAACCCAGGUCUCCAUAUCACCCGAGUACGGCACAAUGAGCAGAAAGGCCUUGCUUUCGCCAGAGCCUCUGGGUGGAGAGCUGCGACGGCCGAUGUGGUGGCCAUCUUGGACGCACACAUUGAAGUCCACGAGAUGUGGGUUGAACCUUUACUGACGCAGAUCAAAAAGGACCGGACCACAGUGGUUUCUCCAGUGUUUGACAGAGUCAACUUUGAUGAUCUCAAGGUUAUUAAUUACCUUCCAGCAGCACAUGCCUUCGACUGGGCUUUGUGGUGCAUGUAUGAGGGGUUUUCUCCCGAUUAUUACAAACUAAACGACAGCUCGUUGCCUGGAAAGAGUCCAUCUGUCAUGGGGAUCCUGGUGGCCGAUAGAGCGUACCUCGGAGAAAUCGGAGUUCUCGAUGAAGGAAUGAGAGUGUAUGGUGGAGAAAAUGUAGAGCUUGGAAUUCGUGUCUGGACGUGUGGAGGCUCUAUUGAGGUGGUGCCAUGCUCCAAGAUCGCCCAUAUUGAAAGGUAUCACAAGCCCUAUAUGCUGGACCUGGGUCCCUCCAUGAAGAGAAAUGCCCUGAGAGUUGCAGAGGUCUGGAUGGAUGAAUACAAACACAACAUCAACUUGGCAUGGAACCUGCCAUUUGAGAAUCAUGGAAUUGACAUUGGAGAUGUCACUGAGAGGAAGAAACUCAGAGAAAGGCUGAACUGUAAACCUUUCAAAUGGUACCUGGAGAAUGUGUAUCCUAAGCUGGACCCCUGGGACAACCUGCUUGCUUAUGGAGGACUGGAAAAUCUUGAUGCUAAAAUGUGCGUAGACCAGGGUCCAGUACCAGGUCACACACCCAUUGCCUACCACUGCUUUUACUACGGCCCACAGAUUGCAUAUUAUCGUGGCAAUGGUGAACUCUACAUUGGAGGCAUCAAGUCCCACAAGUACAAUGACAACCGAUGUGUAGCUGACCAAGGACAGAAAAACACCGAGCCUGGCCUGUACAACUGCAAAGAGGCUAUGCAGAAAAGAAUGGGGAUAUACUGGGAUUUCUCUCAGGGCAAAGAAAUUAAAAACAAGGAGACAAAAAGAUGUCUAGAAAUUGAAAAUGAAGUGCUUCUAAUACGGGAAUGCACCGGCCAGAGAUGGAAAAUCCAAAACGUAAUCAAAGACUUUUAAAGAGUGGUUUGAACAGCAAGGGCUCUUCUCUGCUUUCAGGGCAAGCAGCAAUUCAUGUACUGUAUGUGUGAAAUGCUUAAGAAGAAAAUAAGUUGGGUGAAUUUCUUUUCAAUACUAAAAUAGGAAAAUUAAUGGAUUUAUU